AAACUUCUAGGUAUAAAAACCCCCAAUCUCUCUCCCUCCACUGUUCUACAACGAACUCAGAUCUUGAUCAGUAAGAAGAAUGGCAACUUUUGAAUUAUACCGCCGAUCAACAAUUGGUAUGUGCUUGACGGAAACAUUGGAUGAGAUGGUUUCGAAUGGGGUUCUUAGUCCGGAGCUUGCAAUUCAAGUCCUUGUUCAGUUCGAUAAGUCAAUGACAGAAGCUCUUGAUAGUCAAGUUAAAAGCAAGGUGACCAUAAAGGGGCACUUGCACACCUACAGAUUCUGUGAUAAUGUGUGGACUUUCAUUGUUCAAGAUGCCAUCUUCAAGUAUGAUGAAACCCAGGAGAAUGUUGGUCAAGUUAAAAUAGUGGCAUGUGACUCCAAGCUUCUUACUCAGUGA